AUGACAUUUUCCCGUCGCCGCCUUGCCCUCCUGCUUUUUGCAGCUGUGGCAAUGGCUACUGUCGGAAGCCUCGCUAAUGCGUCUUCAGACGUUGACCCCGAGGCCCUGAAACGUGCUGAAUAUCUCGAUAGCAACAGCGACAAGUGCACAAGUAUGAUCUUUGGUCGUAAGGCCACUACAUUUGGGUACCCGGUGGCGACUCAUGCUAACGACUGCAACAACUGCGACAAUCGUAUGGCAUACAUCCCACGUGGUGAUGGGACUUCCCCGAGACCAGUUUUUGAUAAUAUCCAGUCGCUCUACCCUAGGGUUGUAACCAAGGGUAGAGCGGCCAUAUACGAACCUCUGCCGGGUCAAAAUGAGUCCAGAGCUUUGGGGUAUAUACCGAGCGAAGGGCCGACCCAUGCACUGUGGGAGUCGUCAUAUCCUCUCAUCAACUCUAAAGGUCUAGCGAUUGGUGAGAGUACCACGGCUGAAAGGAAGUCCUUAGGCGUCCAGGAGGUCUUCCUUAAGGAUGAGAUUACUGGGAAAAACGGCACGGCUCUUUUUACCAUUGCCCCUCUGAUGGCCGUCGCUAUGGAACGCUGCGAGACGGCUCGUUGUGCUAUCAAAAAGAUAGGGACUUUGGCCGAAGAGUAUGGCUUUGCUGGGGAGGAAUACGGGUCUGCUGAGGGUAUCACCAUCAUUGAUGACACUGAGGCAUGGGUAUUCGAGAUUCAGGGUGAUGGCAAGAAGGGGGCCUUUUGGGUGGCCCAGAGGGUACCAGACGACCAUGUCGCGGUGAUAGCCAAUAAUGCUAUUAUUAAGGAAGUGAAGAAGAAUGCUCCUGAUGAGUUCAUUUACUCGGAAGGCCUCUUUGAGAAGACUAGAGACAUUGGUUUAUGGGAUGGUAAAGGCACAUUCGACUGGGCCAGAGUUGUAGGAAGUCCCCUCCCUCUCCCGCGCUACGCUUCGCUAAGGCAAUGGAGAGUUUUUGACAGGGUUGCACCUUCACAGAAGGUACCUAACAACGAGAACCCUCUCGACUACCCAUUUUCCGUGCCGGUUGAUAAGCCAGUGAGUAUCAAUGAAAUUUUUGAUCUCCAUCGUGACCAUUAUGAGGGCACCGAGUUCGACAUGACCAAGGGAAUCCUAGCGGGCAUGUACGGUAACCCCAAUUAUGAGGUCAGUGGGGUUUUGAUGAAGAAGGUGAAGGGGGAGAUCCCUCGAGCCAUAUCCCUACAUCGGACAAGCUAUACCAUGGUCGCUACUAGCCAGAAGCCCUUCCCUAAGGUUUGGUACGCCUUGGAUGCCCCAGCGACCUCAGUUUUUGUGCCCUUCUACUCACAAGCGAACGCUGUAGAUCCUAGCUUUGGCACACAGUAUGGUCCGGCGUUGCAGGUCUUCAACCGUUCUACAGCUUUUUGGGCAUUUGACUUUGUUGCUAACUGGAUGGAUAUCAACUAUCAGAAUAUGAGCCAGGAGAUGGUGUACCCAAAGCGGGACGAGCUCCAGAGGUGGGUACUGGCAGAGGCUGACCGUGUGGAGCAAGAGGCGGCUAAGUUAAGUGACCCUGAGGAGCAGACUAAGCUGCUGAACAGUCUACAGUUGAGGGUACAGAGACGCGUCACUGAGGAGUGGUGGAAGCUGGCAGAUGAGCUCAUCGUUCGGUAUAAUGAUGGGUAUUACAACUUCCCCAAUGGUCGUAUGGACUUCCAGGGAAGUCUUCCUCAACCAGAGUGGUACAUGAGGAUGAUAGGUUUUUCUGAUGAUUUUUACAAGCCUGGGGACCACUAUGUUAGACCAGCAGGCAAGGAGGCAUAUGAGGCCGCGAGGGAUGGGGUACUCCUAUCGCCUCUUCCGACUCCUGCUUCUGGUCCCAGUUUCCUGACUACACUGGUGGUAACAAUAACAGCUUGUCUUAUCACAUUCUGGUUGGGUACUUUCUGUGGGAAACGGCAUGCUUAUCGUAGCUAUAGUAAAGUUAAUGAUGAGUAUUCUGAACUGUCUGCUGUACAAGUAUCACCUCAGCAGGAGCAGCAGGAGGCCACAGUGGACCUAACGAUAUUAACGCCUCCCUCGGGGCUUAUUAAGAGUGGUACAUUGUUCAAGAGGCGACCUAGGACGGGCAUAUUCAGUAGACGAUGGGUGGAGGUUAGAGGGGGUGUGGUUUCAUGGUUUAAGCUUGGCGAUGUUAAGGAGCAUCAGCUUGCUAGUGUUCGAUGCCUGGCGGGGGCAACUAUAGUGGCGGCUGAGGCAUGCCCUCGGGGGGAAGACCUUCCUGUUGGUGAUGAAAAGGAUGGGGUCUCUUCAUUGGUGUUGGGGACAGGUAGGAGGAGCAGGAAGAGUAGGGCGAUGUCCAUGUUCACAGUAUAUCUUGCUAAAAGACCCGGUUUGAAGAUCGAGCCGUUGGUAUUCGCUAGCCCUCGUAGUGAAGACAGACCUCAGUGGAUAAGGGCCUUCAUCAGAGCUACGUCAUGGAAGUACUUCGACCGCCUACCUCUAGCUAUGUCAGCAGCUGCUUCUGGGGUACAUAUUCAGCCUACGAAAGAGGAGGGGGGCAAUGGAGGGGCUCCACGAUGCACAACUCAGCCUGGGCUGAGGUUAUGUGGCCUUAUAUUGGUGGAUGUGAUAUCAGCUAAGAAUUUGUUGGCGGCUGACUGGGGUGGUAAUUCGGACCCUUACGUCGUGGUGGAAUUUGAUAAUCGACAAUGUAGCACACGGACAGUGUACGAGGAGCUCAAUCCUGAAUUUCGACAGAUACUACAACUGCCCGUCUUCCACGAUGAUCCCUCCUGGUCAUUAUCAUUUUACGUGUAUGAUGAGGAUGAGCUGUCGGCUGACGAUCUCCUUGGCGUGGCGACGCUCCCCUUGCAUGCCCUCAAGCAAAACACCACAUUAGUAUGGAAGCUGAAGCUUAGGAGUGAGAAGCCUAAAGUAACGGAUAAGCUGGAUAGAGGGGAGUUGCUGGUCCGCACAUAUUAUAAGACACAGCGGUGGACACAGUUGUUUUGCAUAUCAUCUGGACGAUCGAGGAAUGUGUGUAUUACUCACCGUCCAGAGUUCAGCCUGGACAUGUUCAAAUUGCAAGUCCAGAGGUUGAAGCAUUUCAUGGUAGUAUGCAAGCCGUGGUUGGCUGGUAUAGUGGAUAUACUGCAGUGGCGAAAGCCUAAGUGCACGGUACGCUUCUAUGUGGUGUAUACUGUGAGUGUGCUCUUCCUCACUGACUGGUUACUGUGCCUGAUUCUGAGCGGGGUCUUGUAUGCCGUACUACGGGCUCAUCCACAAUACCAUCGUUUCUACAAUAAGUACCUUCGCCCUCUUGGACUCACUUUCCUAGCGAAGGAUGACUUUGACUGGAGGCACGCUCUGGACCAGGGAGGUCGUAAUGGGCAGUAUAGCCAACGCACAGCUAGAGGACGGUCUAGGAUGUCGACGCUGAGCACAUCUCGUCGUGGAUCGGUGGUUAAUGGUACUGCUCCUGCUGGCACUGGAGAGGACUCUGAUGGGGAUGACGAUGAUACUGGGGAGGAGAUUUGUAUACAUGUAUACGAGUGUGAACGACGCAAGGUGACGGCCCCACCAUUCCGAUUUAGUCGUAGAGGAGAUACAGGGGCAGCUGGGGUUGCCAAUAUGGGCUAUGAUGCUGCUGCCCAGGUUAUACACGGCUUUGGAGGAGCGUUGAAGACCUUUUCUCAUGAAUAUCUAAAGGGAGGGGAGGCACGCUGGUACGAAUGCCCACCUGACAAUAUGACUGAGCUAAUACCACUCAUAGGGGCGCCUUCAACCAUCAUAGGCGGCGUUAAAUAUGCUAAGUCGUUCUCUCGAGAAGGAGUGAAAUGGGACUCCUCAUUUCAAGUGCAUAAGCAUUGGGUACGCCGGAGGCUAUGGAAAGGAGUCCUUGUUGGGGAAGCUACUAGUGCUGAUGUCGAGCUGACCCUCCAUGAGCUUUCGGAGGGGACAGAGGAUCGGGACCAGGCCUAUGACGACUCGGAUAAUGGUGAGAAUAGCAGUGCUGGGUUGUUGGCUAAGUAUAGGAAGGUCAUGGAGGAAGGCUCGAAAAUACAAAUGACGGUGUUUGAAGUGAUAUCUAAGAUCGAGCAGUUUCGCAAUAUAGUAUCGUGGAAGGUGCCGUGGAUGACCGAUAUCAUAGUGGUGCUUGGCGUGAUGGCUCUAUGCCUAGCGGUCUUCUUACCUCAACGUGUAGUGUUCUGGAUCAUUAUAUCGGCUAUCCUUAUAGACGGCUAUACGGAGUAUGCUAAACGUCAGAUACAUGUGAAGCGCAUGUUGGGCCAUCUGCAGACUGAACUCAAGUCGGAGCUGCGGCUCACAGCUCAGGCUAGGAGGGCCAUGGCCAAGAUGGCCACCGACCCCAAUGUCCCUUUGGAUAAGUUUCUCAAGGGGGUGGAACCUGAGAUAUUAUGUGAUAUAGUGAUGGCAGCAGCAACACAGUUGUCUAGGAGGAACAUCAUACAAAUAGAGGCUGAGGAAGCGGCAGGUGAUCGGAGAAGUAAGAGUGAUGGGCCGGAAUGGAUACCGCUAGCCCCGAAGCCAGCGUUGGCCCCUAAGGACUUGGAAAAAUGUGAUGAUCUCAGGGAAGUGAUAGAAACCUUGUAUCGGAAACAGCUAGGGGAGGCAUGGUGGAAGAAACCAAAGCAUUUUAUCCAUCCUAUUAACUUAAUGAAGUUCAGUGCCAUCAUGGUGGUCGUUGCUGCCACGGCUGUCAGCGGUAGUCCCUCAUCGGCUGAUGAGGCCCUACGGGACCAGCUCAUAGAGGAGCUCUCGAGUAUAAUAUCGUCCUGGUUCACUAACCAUAGUCAGCGUAUACUGCUAGGCCUGCCUACUUCCUGUAGUCUCACGUCCUCGUAUAGUGAUUCCCUGUAUCGACCUAAGUGGCAGAAUGGUUUUGAUGCUUUAUGGUUGAUACCGCAUGUAUUGUGGACGUCUAAUAUGUUCCUGGGGGAGCUCACCACGUCAGCAGAAUGCAACUCCCAAGGUCUCAAUGGCUUGGACGAUACGGAGCUCUCCAUGGCACAGGACCUCUCUACGGACCUAUUGCACUUCUUGAGGCGAUACCAAGGUCCCUCGCUCUCAGAGGCAUACGUGUCUAAUACCCCCGGCACAGUACUUAAAGUGAGGUUCCGACCAAUGCCGGGGUCUGACCCUGAAGGGUGUCUAGUACGAGUACACUGCUGCUUCCUACAGCUCACGCCCUUCCCUGCGGACCCAUCACAAGUUCUCUCUGAUAAUACAGGGCUGCUCAUCAACAAGCAGGCUGUUAGUCGAGACGACCCUGCCAGUGCAGUGGCACUUGUGUUGGCUCAGAGCUACAGUAGACUCCGUAGUGUUAUCUGUGCAUGGUCGGGUACGGCUGAGCUGCCUGACAGCUACUUGUUGGCGGUAGAGUUUAUACGGACCUGGGCUGAGAAUAGAAGGAUUUGCUGUACCCAAGACGACCCUGGCCCUUAUCCGUCUCCUCUGGCCCUAGCAGUGAUGGUAGGAAGGGUGUGGCAGCAUAUAUUUUAUAAUAAGAACUAUGGUGAAGGGGGCCGGCCUGUUGGGCAAGGGGUUAUGAAGAACUGGCCUUGGCAGCUCACUGUCUCGUCAUUCUUCCGGCUAUACUCUCUUGAAUGGCCCUUUGGUGGGUAUGAGAUAAGCUCCCAGUUACCAGACGUACUUGAUGUCCACACGGAGGCUAAGAGGGCCGGUCGAGGGUCCAAGGCGGUAUCGAGCAUUCAAGCCCAGGUCCGUACGAGGAAUGUUGAUGAUGGUCGUAUACAACUAUCCGGUAAGUUCUUCAAAACGUUCAAGUCAGUCCAGCAACUGUCGGGGGCAUCGCCCUAUCCUGAGGCCAAUGGCCAGGCCACCGACGAGACUAUAGCUCUUCCUGAGCCGGCCCAACCCGUGGCCCUACUGUUGGAGUGCCCUACCACCAUCGGCCUGUCUAGCUUCGAUCUGUGCAAUGAGCCACCCCCUGCAUAUUGUGAUAAGAAGAAGCCGGUGUCCUCUAGAGGGAAGCUCACUACCCAUACACAGCUCCUUGAUAACGCUUCUAAUGAGGCCUUUUUGGAGUGGUUGCCGGACUAUCCCUAUGACCAGCUAGAUGUCUUCCCAGUCCUGUCACCAACCUACCCUCAGCUCAACCUCCUUGUUGGUAUGACUGAGACACACCGUAGAGUGUUCAUCUCUGAGAUGUAUCGGGCCUAUAGACUGGUAGCUCCAAUCGAGGCUGUGGGAGCAUGCUCUAUUCCGGCCCCUUUAACUGAGAGGUUUAUGGUGGCAAAGGGUGGGCCCUUUGGAUGCUGGCUUGUCGUGCGUUUGAUGACGGCAUCGACAAAGUUGAUCGAUGGUUUCUAUCAUGUGGGGUUCAGGAAUGAUGAUGGGUUGAUAAGGGAACUCGAGGCUGAACAUGGCGUUCGGAUCCGGCCAGUAACCCCAUUUUUGACUGGUCCUCUUGGUGACACCGGAGCCCAGACUCUGACCUACAUGGCCUACGUUGAUUUCCCAGCCAAGUGUAAUCCCCUGUGGGGACAUGGGCCGCCAGUUAAGCGGCUGUACCCAGAGGAGAAAGAAACGCAACUACCUAUGCAUUAUCCUCGAUCGGCGAAUGAAGUUUUGGUAGACUUGAAAAAGGCUGUCCAAAGAUACAUGGACAGCUUGUUCCAGACUCUGGCAGUAGAGAAUGUCGUGGGUUUUCGAGAGCCUGUCGAGAUGGGUUUUGAUGAGGAGAUCGAGCAUUUUGCCCACAAUGCUGCAGAUGAGGCAUAUUUCCUUGAAGGGGAUCUCCCAGGGCAUGUCUGUUCUUUGGCGAGCCACCUGCAAGCUCGAGGAAUCGACGCAGGCUACCAUGUGGGUACCAUGCGUAUGAUCACGUGGUUGACGAAGUAUGGUGUCCAGAAUUACAUGGUCAAGCGCGUUGUUGAUCUUGUGGACUUCGGUGUGGAUGGUAUCACACCAUACACCAAGGGGGAUAGCUGUUUUCAAAUCGAUGCUCUACGACUGGCCAUCCAGUUCGGCCCUGAGGCUGACUUUGAUGGCCCCGAGUUUAAGGAGUUCAUUGCCCUGUUCGAUGAGUGCAUCGGUACGUCCCAGGCAGUUCUACGAGACAUCGGCAAUGAAGCAAACUACGCUAGGUUUAUGCAAGAGUCUGAGACUCAUCCUGCGGUAUUAAAUCUUCGUAGGAAGGUUGCUGACUGGAGGACGCGAUAUAUUGUGUUCGACCCCUCUACGACAUGCUACGCCUCUAGAGGGGAUCUGAUGGGUAUGCUCAGUAGAGCUCAGAGGGGAGUCAUAAGGGGCGAUCAUGACCAACGACAGUUGGAUCAGUUGGAACCUGCUCAGUUCAGUCGACUAUGUGAGUACUUCGUCCCAAGUAGCAGUAGCAAGAGUAGUGCUGCCUUAUGCCGUAUGUAUCCAGCCCGAGCCCAGGCCUUAGCUCACAGUGCUGUGGAGUACCAAGCAAUCUACUCGGAUGUCGACCAACUCCUGAACUUGGUAGAAGCUCUGGCUCAGCCGGCUGCUCUUGGUGCCCUCUCGCCUCUGACUAGAAGAGCUCUUGAUAGGAUCCUUCUGACUCGUCUGCGACAGUGCUCUUCCUACGAGCCUGAUGUUAGUGUGCGGUUCAUGAUCGCCACUUGCAAGAUCGGCUGUGCUUCUGAGCUGCUAUCCCUCCUUAGAGGGAAGGGGUUGGUCCCAUCUAGUCUGGCCCUCUGUAUGGAUGCCCUUGCUGCUUUAUCCUUUGUGAAUGGUGAUGGUCAUGAGCAUUGCGAAGGUAUAGUGGAGGAUCUACGAGCACAGACCCGAGUGUUGCUGUCAACAGUUGGCACGGUCACGACCGAUACCAACCCAGUGCGAAUCCUCAACCUCUUCGCAAGGGCUCCGGGUGGGACCACGUCAAGCAAGUCUCAAGCCUUCCUCCGCUAUCUCGCAUCACAACGGAUAUCUCCCUCUAUCGCGGCAUACGUUGAAGUUGACGAUUGGAUCCAACUUGUGCCAAAUUUGGGUUUCAUUGCUCAAGGGAAUGGCAGUCCGGCAUCACAUACGACACUGCCAGCAUAUGUGGUACGGCUGGUCUUGCUACUAGUACGGGAGACUUACCCACGACUGAGAUCCCUCAGUGCUGAGCAGCUGUUAGCGAUAUCAUCUGGGCUAUGGUCUAGGCCCGUCAAGUACAAUGACGAUUUAUACAGUGCCACGCUGGUGGAAGCAUUGUUGCAGUAUAAGGCUGGCUUGACUCCACAACAAUGGGCGUUGUUCCUUCGCCACAUCCAAUACGUUCACGUCUCUUUACAGCGUAGAGUUUACACUCAGGGUCGUCCCUUCAUCCCUCCGGAAUUACCGAUUCCCGAAUCUCUCGUGAAGGAGCCUAUCCGACCUACAUUGAGUUCUAAAGUGGCCCGAGGCCGUCCCGUACUAAGCGGGUGCCAAGCAGUGCUACGGCCUCGGAAGAACGAACAGUGCUUUUCUUUGGGGAGAGCUGUCGCUGUCCUCGUACUGAACAUUGGAGGGGAGACCGUCAGCGUGCCUUAA